GGCUAAGAAAGCUCCAACCUCCUUCAAACUUCCAUCUCUUCUUCGUCCUCCAAUCUCUAGGUCUCUCACAGCGCAGCCACAUCGCGCAUCAUCACUCUUGUGUAUGCUGCUCGGCAAUUUCGCUGGUGAUAUAGGUGCGAAGUGCAGAUACCUUCGUACUUUUCAUUGCAAGACUGGAUUACUUGGUUCGAUGUGGGCGGGUCUUGACGCGCAAUUGAUGCUAGACUGCCAUAUUCAAGACGCUGCAGGUUGGACCAGUGUUGACCACCACGGUUGUUUGGCGCCGCUCGUAGAGGAGCUUCCAUUUAUGGUGUGAGCCAUCGAUCUUUAAAACAACAACUCUCCACGACCACGGGACUUCGCCAAGCCGUACCAAUUCCCAUUUGCACAGCUCUCUCGUUUCUUAUUCAUCCAUCUUCUUACGUUUUCAUCUUCAUCGUCGCCCCGCACGAUGUCUUAUAACGAUGAUGCGGUGCUCUCCAAGCUCUCAGCAUUGAAUGAGAGCCAAGAAAGUAUCGCCACCACUGCCCAAUGGAUAAUGUUCCACAGGCGACACGCAGCUCAGACUGUCCACCUCUGGUUGACGAAGCUUAGGGAUCUUCCCAGCCCUAAGAGAUUGAAUAUGAUCUAUCUUGCAAACGAGGUCGUUCAGCAAUCCAUAGCUCGUCACAAGGACGACUUUCGGACUGCCUUCUCUCCGUUUAUUUGCGAUGCUACAUCCACAGCGUACAAAGGUGCCUCGGCAGACAUUCAAAACAAGCUGAAAAGGGUCGUAGACAUUUGGAGAGAGCGGGCGAUAUUCAGCUCAGAAUUACAGGGUGCAAUGGAAGCCAAGUUAGAAGAACUUGACAGGUCCCGCACCUCGACCAAAGUCGGGAGUUUUGGAGCAUCCAUGUUUGGGUCUCAGACGUCUUCCAUCCCUCCCGAGCUUAGCCCACUGGUUGCGCCGCAGCAGAGUGUGUCAAAGAGCAUAGUACCCAAAAAUAAUGCUCUUAAAAUGGCCAACACUGAGUUCGACAAACUGACAGACCUGACGAGCUCUCCGCCAGCAGCCGCAGUUUUUGCAGCGCGACUCACUGGUCUACUUAAAACCCUUGCCAAUGCCGAGGGUGCCGUCACAGAAUGUAUCAGAGCUCACAGAGAACUUGUUACGGCACUGGAGAAGAUUCUACUGACCAACAAGGAAGAGCUGGAAUCGGAGGUGACUCAUCUAAAGAAGUUAAGCGCUCGUAGAACUGCGAUCGAGCAAAAGAAACAGGAGGUCGAGCUCGCCAUCAUGGCCGGCUUGCCCUCCGGAAAUUCGGAGCAAUCUUCUCACAACCGUCCUUCUGGGAGCCCCGUCCCGGAGCCCGACCGCCCUCAAGUUGAGGCAUUGACACCGCCACAAGUUCAGGACCAUGAUGACAUGUACACCAACUCCCCCGGGCCGCAGAACGGACAGACAGAAAGUGUUGCAGGAUUCAUAAAUUCGCCACCUGUUCCGCCUCAGGCGACUUUCCCAUCAGCUCCUGGCAUUGAAUUGCUCUCGCACCUUGCAUCCCGGUACCAAGCUGUGCCGGUCAACGGGUCCAAGAAGCGCAAGAUCGAUGCGUCGGACGACUCUCCGGAUCUAGGAGGCGAUGAUGGAAUCGAUGCGGAAGUGUCUGAGAUGCUUAAAAGGGAAAGCCACUCUUCUUGAGCACGUUGCGCAUUUUUGAUACGAUUACAGGCUAUCUACAUAUUGGGACCUGCAGUGGAAAUGGGUUCGAUGAGUUCGCCCAAGGCGGCGUUAUUUAUGACCGAAACGGUUUACCGGUGUGAUUAUAUUGUGUAUUACUUUGUAAGAUGUGAAAGUGGCAGUGUAGUCGUUGAGCGCAACCGUUGAGGUUGCUGGGCGUGGCGAGCGCUUUGUAAGUAUCUAGAUUUAUAGCCUUCUAAGUCGUUUGUACCUUAACUUGGAAGUAAAGGGGAAAUUAUCUCCAUGUGGUGAUCGAACCGCCGUUUCAGCUAUGUGCUCUGGCUAUCUGUAUUUUGUCUACCUUACUUCGUUUGUGUCUU